AUGGCCACCCGCCGCGCCGUCUCCUCCACCCCCAUGGACGUCCCCCCUCCCAACUCGGACGAGAAAUCCAACACCACCCCUGCCGUCCCUACCCCUGUCAUCCUCAAGCUCCUGGGCUUCACAUUCGCCAUGAUCACCCUUCCGAUCGGCACCUACUUCGCCAGCGUCAAUACAAUUUUCGGAGGUAAUGCGACGUUCGCUGGCGCAACCGCCGCGAUCAUGGCGAACGUGGUGCUGAUCGGGUAUAUCAUCGUUGCCAUGCGGGAAGAUCAGUCGGAUCAAUUAGAGAAGGCGAGAGAGGAGAAGAAGAAGGAGUGA